UGUGCGCGAAGUUUCGUAAGGCAGUAGAAAGCUUGGAUGUCCGAUAUUCAAGGUCUUAUUGGUAGGCUAACGGGAACUGACACAGGGAGACCCCGCUUUGGGUGCAAGAAGUGUGGGCACGCUGGGCAUUUAACCUUUCAAUGUCGUAAUUUUGUACGAGUUGAUCCCAAUAAAGAAGUACAUCUGGAUGUAAGCAGCACUUCAAGCGACGACUCUGAUAGAUCAGAUCAACAUUCUUCUACAGACACAGACUCUGAAAGUAGCAGCACAUCGUCUACAGGCAGCGAAAGUACAAUUUCAAAAAGAAAGCGUACCAGUAACAGAAAACACUACAAAAAAAGGCAGGCAGCAUUACAAUCUCGAUCCCGAUCAAGGAGCCCCAUCAGAAGUAGAAUAAAAAAUUACGAUGCUGGACAUCAAAGAGGCAGAAAUAUUGCAAAGAAGCAAGAACGUUCGGUCUCACCUCAAAGUGGGGCUAGUAAGGAAACAAAGCGAGGCAAACCCACUGAAAGAUGGAAAAAGAAGAAAGAAACCAAGAACAAGAAAAAGGCCAAAAAACCAAAGAAACACAGCUACUCUAGAAAAAUAGAUAAAUAAUGAACAUGUGUAGGAGUGCAGUCAAUAGGUAUGCUAAGUGUUGAUAUUGGUGGUUCUUCUUACGCAAUGUGACAUGUUAGUGAUAAUAGUAUAAGUACAGCUAAUAUCUUGCCCGUUGUAGUUUAUGGCGCGCCACUUGUGCCAUAAUUCGCUAUUUCCACUGAAGUAGAAAUAAUUCUACUUAAUAUUGCAAACAGAGGCU